GGGGUACACCCUGGACAAGUCGCCAGGUUAUCGCAGGGCUGACACAGAGACAAACAACCAUUCACACUCACAUUCACACCUACGGUCAAUUUGGAGCCACCAAUUAACCUAACCUGCAUGUCUUUGGACUGUGGGGGAAACCAGAGCACCCGGAGGAAACCCACGCGGACACGGGGAGAACAUGCAAACUCCACACAGAAAGGUCUUCAUCGGCCACUGGGCUCGAACCCGGACCUUCUUGCUGUGAGGCGACAGCGCUAACCACUACACCACCGUGCCACCCAGAAUAAGUGGCAUUUAAAAUAAAAAUCAACAUGAUAUAAAGGACACCGAUGGCUCUGAAGGUCCUGCCCAAAUCGUCAACCCAGCUGAAGGGAUUUCUGCGUGAGUACUGUAUCUCGCUCCGCCUAUCCAGCCACCCAUGCAUUGUGGGUCUGUUUGGAAUCGCCUUCCAGUCUAAUGAACACUAUGGAUUCGCUCAGGAGCUGGUGGUCAGACGCGACCUGUUUGCUAUCAUCAAACCACGGGUCGGGAUCUCAGAAUGUGCAGUAAAGCGCUGUGCUGUGCAGAUCGCCAGUGCCUUGGAGUUCAUCCACUGCUUGGGUCUGGUGCACCGUGACAUCAAGCCCGAGAAUGUGCUCCUGUUGGACACCCAGUGCCACCAUGUGAAACUGGCUGACUUUGGCUUGACACAGAAAUGUGGCACGCUCAUCCGCUUCAUCUCAAGCACGCUGCCCUACAUGGCCCCAGAACUGUGUGCCAUGGUAUUGGAGGAUGGCCAGGAAAGUCCUAAAGCACCUCCACUCAGCAUACAGCCCAACCUAGACACUUGGGCAUUUGGUGUGCUCCUUUUUUGCAUACUUACAGGUUUUUUUCCCUGGGAACACUGCACAAGCGCUGACAGCUUCUACGAGGAGUUUGCUGAGUGGCGGCAGGACACAGAGACAACAGAAAUGCCAACACAAUGGAAGAGAUUCACGCCGGUGUGUAUGGAGAUGUUCGCCAAGCUGCUAGCACUAGAGCCUAAUGACAGAUCCACACCUGGCGUGGUGAAAGGGUAUGUUGGGAAGGACUGGGUGAGGCCAAAGCACCCAAAUGGACUGGUGGGUGAAAGGGGAGGAAUAAGUGCCAUGAGCAGCCCUUGCCGUAGUAGCCCAGUUCUACAGUAAUGCCUUCAUGAGAUAUUCCAACAGUCUCAUUAUUGCAAAUAUUUGUAAGAAUUUGAUAAAUGAAUGAAAAGUAGCAAAUGGUUGAAGUCAGGGUGGGGGCGGGGCUAGCAAGUAUACAUUUUCUUCCAACUUCUGUAAACAUAUUGAAUACAUCCUUAGAAUUAUGACAAAUUUUGCAUGAGGUCAGGUUGGACGUUUCUACGCUUCACCUAAACAAUGGUAAUGGUAAGGUUUUGGAAAUCCCUUCACUUGAUUGGACAUCCCUAUUUUCUGUAAUAUAAAUCAAGUUAUUCUAUCCACAUUUACUGGAUAUGAGCAACUGUGCAUGCUGAUUGGCUACUCUACUACUCAGCUAUCAGCUCAUAUACCGUGAGUAGAGAAAAACAAAAUGGCGGAACGUGUUGCUGAACCAACCAAGGACGAAAUAAAAAUUCUACUCGAGAACAAAACCCCACAAAUUACAAAAAAAGCAACAAAAUAUGGAAUGAAAGUAUUUCAUGGUAAGAACGUAUCUUUUUUAUUUUUCAAGAAUUAUUAUUGUAGCAUUUUUCACAAAUUGCUACUGUCAUUUCGCCGGUUUGUUUACAUUCUAAGCGGAAAUUAUUUUGUCGGAUGUUCUGUACAAAGUUUUUAUUUGUCGAAUGUGCAAAAAAUAAAAAUGAUCUGUUUCUCAAAAUCCAGUGAAUGUGGAUAUAAUAAAAGUUAUGCCACUCAAUCUUGUUGUACAUAGCUUAUCGCCGACUUGGCACUACGCGCCUCAUUGGCUAUCAGCUCAUGUACGACUCGAUUUUGUGGAAUAACUGUUACAUAUUUUCAAACCUUAGGAUGUAGAAAGUAGGUUCUGAGGUCCUAAUUUGCAAACUCCACACAGAAAGGCCCCCGCUGGCUGCUGGGCUGGAACCCAGAACCUUCUUGCUGUGAGGUGACAGUGCUAACCACUACACCACUAUACCGCCUGGAUAAACAAUCAAAUAAACAAAAUAUUACUAUAAAGGUAAUAAUGAGAAAUGCUGUAGUAUCUCAAAAUAAAGAAAUGUUUUCUUGAAUACUGUCCUGUAAUAUGGCUUAAUAUUACUGCAAUAAUAUUCAUUUAAUAUUAAUAUCAA